GUUAGAUUUCUCUCUCUCGAUCUGAGUUGUUGAACUCUCUGUGAAUAGCGACAAUAGUCUUUGGACUUGACCUCCGGCGGAGUUUCUGGAUUCCUUUUUCUUUUUAUAUGGCCUUUUGAGUUUGCUUAGAUCACGUUCCUGUGUGCUUGUAUGAAAAUUUGAGUUUGCGGAAUAAGAAGCUCGCUAGGCCCGGCCCAAAUCCGAUACACCGACCCGACAUCCACUCUGUAUUGGUGAAGUCGGAGCGGAACGGAUUUACAGAAUCGGAGGCGGAGGCGGAUUCUGGUUUCGAGCCCUCCUGAUUAAGUUGGAGUCGCUGCACACCCUACAAAGUGUAAACCAUUGUUAUUUUACACCUGCCAAGUGCUGGAUUUCUUCCUUCGUCUUCAAUUCAGAAAACUGUAAUUAGGGUUUCUACGUCUUCGUCGAAUAGAUUCAUUUUCUAUGCUUUUUAAAACUAGCAAGUGAAUUCAUCAUUUGAUGAGGCUCUUGCAGUUUGGCUUGUUGGUAUCUUUAGCGUCUGGACUCGCUGCAAUCCUCGUCUACAUCACCGGCGUCACUCAUCUCUAUGAUAAUUAUCAGCCCUCGAAUGAAGACUUGAAAGCCUUGCAGUCUUUGCAGCGCAACUUCCAGAAGUGUGUGAGAGCAAAUGGAUUAGGUUUGCAAGCUGUGAGUGGUAAAGAUUAUUGCCAAGUAUCGAUUUACUUCCCUAGUGACACUGUCCCCAAAUGGAAGGAUCCUAAAACUGGUGAACUAGAAGGUUUGUCAUUUGAUUUUAAUCUGUGUGAAGCUGUGGCUACAUGGGAACAGGUGCGCAAUAGUACCACAAUACUCACCAGGGAGUUCAUCGAUGCUUUGCCAAAUGGAUGGGAGGAAUAUGCCUGGCACAGGAUCAAUAAGGGAAUACUUCUCAAUCGCUGCAAGAAUAAGACUCUAUGUGUGGAGAAACUUUCACUGGUACUUCCUGAUACUCCACCGUAUCUUCCUCGGCAAUUUGGUCGAUGUGCUGUUAUUGGUAACUCGGGAGAUCUUCUUAAGACAAGUUUUGGGAACGAGAUAGAUGGUUAUGAUGCUGUCAUUAGAGAAAAUGGUGCUCCAAUUCAGAACUAUUCAGACUAUGUGGGCAAGAAGAGUACAUUUCGUCUUCUUAAUAGGGGAUCUGCCAAAGCUCUUGAUAAAGUUGUGGAGUUAGAUGAAACAAGGAAGGAGGUCCUGAUCAUUAAGACGACAAUUCAUGACAUUAUGAGAAAAAUGAUACAGGAUGUUCCGAUAAAAAAUCCUGUAUAUCUUAUGCUAGGUGCUUCCUUUGGUUCAGCAGCUAAAGGAACUGGGCUCAAGGCUCUUGAAUUUGCUCUCUCUAUUUGUGAAUCAGUGGAUAUGUAUGGAUUCACUGUGGAUCCCGGUUAUAAAGAAUGGACUAGAUAUUUCUCCGAAUCUCGACAAGGUCAUACUCCUUUGCAUGGUAGGGCUUACUAUCAAAUGAUGGAGUGUUUGGGACUGAUCAAAAUCCACUCUCCCAUGCGAGCUGAUCCAAACCGUGUUGUAAAAUGGGUACCAAGCCUUGACACAAUUAGAGCUGCUAGAAUCGCAUCAGGUAAAUUAUUGAGGAGGGUUGGAGCUGGGUCUGCAGAUCCAUUAGCCGCAUGUUCAAUUAUUGGAAAGCAAGCUCAGAGAAAGUCUAGAGCAUUGAGAAACAUCAGAAAGGUUGCUGCUGACCACAAAAAAUUUGUGAAGGGCGUAACCAUGUACCCUUUGGAGCACAGUCUAGGAGAUGGGGUACUCUGCACAGUGCCAGCUUAACAGAAUCCUGCGGAGCUGACUGACAUGUAGUUUAUAUUUGUUUACCAAUUAGCAAAAUUGGAUGAAGAAAUUGCCGCAAGCAGAGCAUUUAUCUGGUAGCAGCAAGUAUCUGGCAGCCCAUGUUAAAGAGUUUGGUUAGGGCGUGAAGAUUUUUAAAAGGCUCGGCUUUUUUCUCACAAGUUUUGAUAGAUUUUGCAUUUUUUCUAAUUCCGGCAGCGUCCAUUUCUUUAUUUGGAAGUCCUAUUCAUUAUUAUUUUUCAAUGGUAUUGGGUUA